CCUUCUUCAAGCUUCACUUCACACAGCUAUCAAGUUGUAUUCCAUCAUGGAGGAACAAGUGAACCGUCUAGUAGAAAAUACCUGGACUAAAUUCCAAUCCACACCUCCCACCCAGCGCCUCUUAAUCGCCAUAUCCGGAAUCCCAGGCUCAGGCAAAACCACCCUCGCAACAACAGUAACCACCCGUCUCAAUGCCCUCUCGUCCGCCCUCCACGGCAAAACAGCAACACACCCAAUAGCAUCCUACAUCCCCAUGGACGGCUACCACUUCACCCGUGCCCAGCUGUCUGCCAUGCCCGACCCAGAGGCCGCGCACGCUCGUCGAGGCGCAGCAUUCACAUUUGAUUCUUCCUCCCUGCGCUCCCUCAUCACCCAGCUCCGCGCCCCCUUAACACCGUCCACGCCAACCUACUUCGCACCUUCAUUCGACCAUGCAAUUAAAGACCCCGUUGAAAACGAUAUCCCCAUCGCCCCAACCUCCAGGAUCCUGGUAUUUGAAGGGAAUUAUUUGAGUCUUGGGAAAGGAGAGUGGAAAGAGAUUGCGGAGCUGAUGGAUGAAUUGUGGUUUGUGGAGGUUGAAGAGGAGGUUGCAGGAAGCAGGUUGGUGCCGAGACAUGUUAAGGCUGGCAUUGCGAAGGAUGAGGAGAGUGCGUGGAAGAGGGUGUGGGAGAAUGAUUUGGUUAAUGGGAGGGAGAUUGUGGAGGGGAGGGUAGAGGUUACGGAGGUGGUUGUUAGUAGGGAGGAUGAGGGGUGGAGGCCGAAAUAAAAGUAGGCUGGGGUUGGAGCCGGGAAGGGAAAGGAGGGUUGGAGAGUGUGAAGUCCAUGGAGAGAAAUACGAAAGAGUUAGAGAAGAGGGUCAUAUAGUUAUGAUCAAG